CUCAGUGCGCGCGCCUUGGAAGUUCGCGAGCGCGCUCGCUUGCGCGCGCAGCUCCUCUGAGGGGAAACUUGAAGGGGGCGGGGAGCACCUUCUCCGUGAGGGAAAAGUGAGGGGAAGGUCUCCCGCCCUGUGAGGGAAGGGGCUUCUUUUUGCCUGAAAAGGGGGGCGUGAGGGGGAGGGGUGCCCUUUUUCGACAAAAAACCCCCCCACCCCAAAUAUUUGCCGCCUCCCCACUCCCGGCGAAUUCUCUCUGUGCGUGAGAGGAGGGGCUUCCCCCACCCCAAAACCGACUGAGGGCUUAUGGGGGGAGAUUGACAGGCCCCUCCUCCCUUCCACGCCCCCCCGACCAAUUUUGGACCAGCCCCUCCCCCCCCCGCCGGGUGGGGGCAGUGAGCGCCUCCAUGCCCUUGGCUGGGCUGCUGGGCGGUCUCCGUGCCAGCGGCAGCCCCGCCCACCCGGCCGGCCAGCAGGUGGGGUGGGGGCGUGGGAGGGGGCGGGGGUGAGCCUUUGCACACGCAUACACACACACACACACACACACGCGUGUGCCUGCGAGAUCGGCGCCCGUCUGCACGCUCGCCCCUCGCUGCAUCGCCCGAAGUGCUGCUGCUGCUGCUGCUGGCGCCCACCGGGACCCCUGGGGAGGCGAUGGGGGACCACCGAGAGGCCGGCGACGUCAACUCGAACCUGCUCAUCACCUUCAGCACGGGGGACCUGCAGCUGGACAAGGCCAUCUGGCAGUGGCUGACCUGGGACAAGAAUCCGAAAACGAAAGAGCAAAUUGAAAACUUGCUACGAAAUGGGAAGAAUAAGGAGCUGCGGGACCGUCUAUGCCGUCGGCUUACCUUUGGAACUGCCGGGCUCCGCUCUGCUAUGGGGGCCGGCUUUUGCUACAUCAAUGAUCUUACUGUGAUCCAGUCAACACAGGGGAUGUACAAAUACCUUGAGAAAUCGUUUCCAGACUUCAAGCAACGUGGUUUUGUUGUUGGAUAUGACACGCGAGGCCAGAUAACCAGCAGUUGCAGCAGCUUAAGACUUGCAAAGCUCACAGCAGCAGUCCUGCUUGCUAAGGGUGUACCUGUCUAUCUGUUCUCAAGAUAUGUUCCCACUCCUUUUGUGCCCUACGCAGUUCAGCAGCUCAGAGCUGUAGCUGGGGUGAUGAUUACUGCUUCCCAUAACCGUAAGGAAGACAAUGGCUACAAGGUAUACUGGGAAAAUGGCGCUCAGAUCACAUCUCCUCAUGACAAAGAAAUCCUGAAGUGUAUAGAAGAAUGUGUUGAGCCGUGGAACGACUCGUGGAAUGAGAAUCUGGUAGAAAGCAGCCCUCUUACGCGAGAUCCCUUGAAGGAAAUCUGUACAAGCUACAUGGAGGACCUGAAAAAGAUCUGUUACCAUAGGGAGCUGAACACAAAGAGCAGCUUGAAAUUUGUUCACACGUCCUUUCAUGGGGUUGGGCACGACUACGUGCAGUUGGCUUUUCAGGCGUUUGGCUUUCAGCCUCCCAUUCCAGUUCCUGAACAAAAAGACCCAGAUCCAGAUUUCUCCACUGUAAAAUGUCCGAAUCCUGAAGAAGGAGAAUCUGUGCUAGAAUUGUCUUUGAGGCUUGCGGAGAAGGAAGGUGCCAGGGUGGUGGUGGCAACUGACCCUGAUGCAGACAGAUUAGCUGUGGCAGAACUGCAGAAGAAUGGCCGCUGGAAAGUCUUCACCGGCAAUGAGCUGGCAGCGUUGUUUGGGUGGUGGAUGUUUACAUGUUGGAAGGAGAAUUGUUCCAAAGAUGCCGACGUCAAGAAUGUUUACAUGCUGGCCACCACGGUCUCCUCUAAGAUCCUGAAGGCCAUCGCGCAAAAAGAAGGAUUUCACUUUGAAGAUACACUCCCAGGCUUCAAAUCGAUUGGCAGCAGAGUUAAAAACCUCCUGGACAGCGGCAAAGAAGUCCUUUUUGCCUUUGAAGAGUCCAUUGGCUUCAUGUGUGGCACUUCCGUGCUGGACAAAGAUGGCGUCAGCGCAGCUGUGGUGAUUGCAGAAAUGGCUGCUUAUCUAGAUACCAAGAGCCAAAUGCUGGCAUCCCAACUAACAGAAAUAUAUAAAAUGUAUGGCUACCACAUUUCAAAAACCUCGUAUUUCCUGUGUUAUGAUCCUCCUACUAUCAAAAGGAUAUUUGAAAGACUCCGAAACUUUACAUCGCCUAAUUCUUACCCAGCAGUUUGUGGCACUUUCAGUAUAUUGGACAUCCGGGAUGUGACCACUGGGUAUGACAGCAGCCAGCCAAAUAAGAAGUCGGUACUGCCUGUGAGUAAAAACAGUCAGAUGAUCACCUUCACCUUUCAGAAUGGCUGUGUUGCCACCCUUCGGACAAGUGGAACUGAACCAAAGAUAAAAUAUUAUGCAGAGAUGUGUGCACCACCGGAACAGAGCGACACGGUCUUCCUGGAAGAGGAUCUACAGAACCUCAUUGAUGCCCUGAUUGAGAAUUUUCUGGAGCCUAGUAAGAAUGGACUAAUCUGGCGUUCGGUGUAGCCUUCCUCCUGCUGCUGCUGCUGCCAUUGGCUGUGAUAGCAGUCACUCCAUGCACUGCGUAAUGUGGAACAAAGGAACCAAGAUGAUAACUCCUGUUUGCAUUUAUAUAUAUACAAUAUAUAUAUAUAUAUGAAUGCCUCUGUGUGUGUGUGUUUUAUAUAUAGAUAUAUAUGUUCCUUAGCCAGCAUAUUUAUAUGGAAGCAGUAUCAUUUUGUCAGCUUUCUUUCCAAAAUGAGAAGCAGAUUACCACACAGCUUUGGGCUUCCACAUGGAUCCAUCAAGCCAAAAGGAAAGGACUGAGCAGUUUCUGGCAAAUUUGCCAGGAGUGAUUGGUGAAAGGGACUUCCUCUACCGCCGCACCUCAAAAACGAAAUAAAUGCAAACCUGGAGGCUUUCCUGGCUGCCGCCUUGUAAUAAACCAGUGUUGGGUAUCUGAAGUCUUCAACUUGCUCAGUCCCUUGGCAGCUGGCCUGGAUGAUCAUAUUGGACUGGCAGAAUGGUCCUGCUUCCUUGUAGCUGUUUUGAGUGUAGGUAUCUUUACUGUACUGUUGAGUCUUACCUUUUUUAAAAAAAUCAGUCUGUUCAGUAGAAUUCAGUACUUAGGGUUUUCUAGUGCAGAAGUUGUUUAGAAGUCAUAAAGGUUCCAGCUCUUUAAAUCUCUUCUUUUGAAAGGUGCUCUUUGUGCAUUGUAUUCUUAUCUGUCUGUGUAUUUGCUGAAGUUUACUCGACAGUUAAGCAGUAGUGGCAAGCUAUAUCAUAUGAGGUGUAGCUAUCUAGCCCUGGGGCCAAAGCAGGUAUGAUGGACCACCUCAUUCCUCUUUUGGCCCUCGGACUGCCUACUGGGCUUCUUGGAAGUUAGGAAGCAAGACAGAAUGCAGACCUCUUGGCUCAAGGGGAUACAAAAUUGAUCAUUGCUGUGCCUGCUUUGCCUUCACCUGCCACCAUUAGAAAUCCUUCUAGUCUAGACAUACCAGCUUUGCCCCUGCCACUAUUUUAAAGUCACAGUAUCUUUAAAAUAAACAACCUACAUCAAAUAAAGCAAUAUUCAAUAAUCCAUCCAAAUCUAAGAGUAAACAGUAAAGCAUCAGCGAAUAAUAACUAAGCAGUUUGCACCUAUCAGUUACAACAAAGAAUUACUAAUCUAUAAUCAAUAAAGAUAACACCAAAUCGCAAUGCGUAAAAUACCACAAAACCUACAAAACCAUGUAAAAGGGUCAAAUGGAGAAACAGUCACACACAACUAAUAAUUAUUAUU